AUGGCGUUUUACAAGUACGGCCUGGCGUUCUUGGCCGGCACAGGCUUGGGCGCGGCGAUGACGACGACCCUCCGCAACAGCCGCUGCCCCCUCCACAAGCACGACUCCUGCUCCUGUCACCGCCGCCACCGCCCCGUCGGCGGCGCAGGCGAGUCACCGGAGACCGGCCGGGGGAUCAGGGAGGAGUACUACGGCGCCCAGGAGAAGGGGAAGAGAUGCCCCAAGCAGGGCGGCAAGGAGAAGAAGGGAGACAAAUCCGAGGAGUCGUCGGACUGA